CUUCAUAAAUCAUAAUUAACAGUAUUACAGUAACAUCUCUUAUUCACUAAAAUUUUCCAUAAACCAACCAUGAGUUUUACAAAUGUCAAUUAUCCAGCUUCAGAUGUAAUUUUUACAGAAGAGCAAGAAGCUCUUGUGGUUCAAUCUUGGAAUGUCAUGAAAAAGAACUCUGCUGAAUUGGGUCUAAAGUUGUUCUUGAAGAUCUUUGAGAUUGCACCAACAGCAAAGAAAAUGUUUUCUUUUGUAAGGGAUUCGGACGUUCCCUUGGAGCAGAAUCAAAAACUCAAAGGCCAUGCUAUGUCUGUUUUUGUCAUGACUUGUAAAUCAGCAGCUCAGCUUAGAAAAGCUGGAAAGGUUACUUUUGGUGAAUCUAGCUUGAAACAUAUGGGUUCUGUCCACUUGAAAUAUGGAGUUGUAGAUGAACAUUUUGAGGUGACACGAUUUGCGUUACUCGAAACGAUAAAAGAGGCAGUGCCGGAGAUGUGGUCACCGGAGAUGAAGAAUGCUUGGGCUGAAGCUUUUAAUCACCUAGUGGCUGCUAUUAAGGCUGAAAUGCAGCGUUUAUCUACUCAACCUUAAGUAGAACUUGAACAACAUGCUUUUUGAUAAUAAGGAAGGAUCAUUUCUGAAGAAGUAAUCUUUGUUUUGAUGUAUCAUGUAUAUCUUAUUUAAUAUGGUGUGGGAUGAGAUUGAUUUGUACGUACAUGUCUUCUUUGAAAAUUGUAACGUAUUGUUGUCUACGACUUUUUUAUCAUUAUUAAGGAUGUCUUGGCGUAGUGGUUAAGAUUGAGGUAAUGUAAAUAAUAGGUCACAGAUUUGAAUCACCCUCUUCUUUAUUUGUACUGCCUUCGUGGCUUAUACGAAUAAUAAUAAAAAGACUUCCUUAUCA